UUUUUUCCCUUCUUGUUUCUUUCUCUCUGUAUAUGUUCGAAAUUCCUAAAGCUGCCAAGAAAAAAUUGCUUUCAAUGGUUACAGAGUUCUAAGUGUCGCUGUAGAGCAAUAUACAUCUGUUUUAAGGUGACAAGGGUUCGCUUAUCUGGUCAAUUGUGUUGAUGAUGCAACCUUAUGCCUUCCAAAUUUAUUGGGGAUCUUCAAGGGGAACCGCAAGUUGAUAACAUUUCUAUUAACCAUUCCAUUAUUUUACUCUUGAUUAUUCCAAUAAUAAGUAAUUGCACAAAGACAUAUUAUAUUUGCUAAAGAGACUUGAAGUGAACGUUUUAGGAGUCUUUCAAAGUGAAAAGGCAAGGCAUAGACAAAGAAAAUAAAUAAAAAAAUUAAAGCACAAAGAAGAACAAUAUCAGAUUAUCACAAUAAUAAAGUUAGAAAGGCAGCAGCAGCAGCAACAGAAUACCAGAGAGCAAGGAAUCAUCAUUGCAGCAAAAUCAUCAAGCAGCGCAACAAUAAGUGAAUCAUGAAUCAUUAGCUAAACCAUGCGUAUGGUUUAAUAUAUUACUUCUUAAGGAACUUUGAUUAACUUUUUUUGCUAGGCCUGCAAGCUCAAUUAUUAAAUACACCACAAUGGCCAAUAUAUGCAGCCAGCCCUUUCGCUUUCUUAUGGUAUCUUUAUGGGAGGGAAACUGGAAGUGCAAAAGAUGGAUUAUCCAGUAAUCAUCCAUGGUCAUUAUCUUCUAGCAGCUUUUUUCUUUCUGCUUGUGAACUUGUCUAAAUCAUCUCCAUUGCUUCAAGGAAAAAUUAUCCCUUACAUGACUUCAGAUGUCAACGAGGUCUCAGGCAAGUCCUUUGACUACAUAGUUGUCGGGGGAGGCACUGCGGGAUGCCCCCUGGCAGCAACCCUUUCAGAAAGGUUCUCUGUGCUAUUGGUAGAACGAGGUGGCUCUCCCUAUGGAAAUCCCUUGGUAUGGAAUAAGAUGUACUAUGGUUUCGCAUUGCUCCAAACUGAUGAGUUCUCAUCAGUGGCUGAAAGUUUCAUUUCCAAGGAUGGAGUUCAGGGUCAUAGAGGGCGAGUGCUUGGAGGAUCGUCCGCAAUAAAUGGUGCCUUUUAUAGCAGAGCUAGUAAUGAUUUUGUUAAAAGAAUUGGGUGGGAUGAAGAGCUAGUGAAGGAAGCGUACGAGUGGGUGGAGUCUAAAAUUGUUUUCAGACCUGAGCUGUCCAUAUGGCAAUCUGUUCUUGAAUUUGGUCUUCUUGAGGCAGGAUUUCUUCCUUAUAACGGAUUUAGCUGGGAUCAUAUUGAGGGUACAAAGAUUGGCGGGACUACCUAUGAUGAAUUUGGAGUAAGGCACACCUCAGCUGAUCUUCUGGGAGCAGGAAAUCUAGAAAAUAUCACAGUUCUUUUAUAUGCAACCGUAAAGAACAUCAUUUUCCAUAACAAUGGUUCGGAAAAUGAGAGAAUAGCCCAUGGCAUUAGGUUCAUUAAGAGCAAUGGCAGCACAGAUCAAAUAUAUGAAGCUUACCUCAAUCAACCAAAGAACUCGAGCUCAUGGGGAGAUGUUAUUUUGUCAGCAGGAGCAUUAGGCAGUCCUCAAAUUCUAAUGUUAAGUGGCAUUGGACCACAAAAGCAUCUUAAGAACUUCAGUAUCCCACUUGUUUGGGACCUGAAAGGGGUUGGCCAAGAGAUGAAAGACAACCCUGCUAUUGCCCUUCUAGCAGACACAAAUGCGGAAUAUCGGCUGCCAGAUACGCCUCAAGUCGUGGGAAUUGCGAAGGACUUCAAAUUCAUAGUAGAAGGCGGAAUAUUACCAAUAAGCUUCAACGCAACGAGAAUGCCAAUUGCAGUCAAGCUUGCAUUUCCAGAAUCUAAAGGCAAGCUGAAAUUGUACAACACAGAUCCUAGGCAAAACCCAUUGGUGAAAUUCAACUAUCUAGCAGAGGAAAAAGACUUGGACGGUUGUGUGGAGAUGGCCCAAUUGCUUCAAAGGGUAUCAAGGUCCGAGUCUGUUGCUCUGUUCCUGAGGAGUGAACCUCAGAAUAAUCUGUUAUCCAGUCCUCAUGAACUGAGAGAUUUCUGUAAGAAGAACGUGAGGACUUAUUAUCAUUAUCAUGGAGGAUGUACUGUUGGAUCAGUUGUUGAUAAUGAUUACAAAGUCUAUGGAGUAAAGGGUCUGAGAGUAAUAGAUGGAUCAACUUUCUUGGAAUCCCCAGGCACAAACCCAAUGGCUACUUUAUUGAUGCUGGGAAGAUAUCAAGGGAUCAGAAUUCUAAGAGACAGGGAGAAUACUUCUAUAUUUAAUAAUCAAGAACAACCUUAGCAAACUCUUAACUUAAGAAAUACAUAUCAUAUCACCAGUUAAUGUUAAAUACUUCUCCCUUUAAUCAUAGCGUACUUUGUCGCAAUCAAUUCAAUUUAGCUAUGAAUUGCCUCUAGCCUCUUCAAGUGCAGCUCUUGAAUGUGGCUAUUCCGUAUAACACUAUCUAAGUUCAUAAUUUGGUA